GCACCGAGUAGGUUCUGAGCGAGCAUGCCUACUUCCGGUUCCCCUUCUGCCGCUUUCAAAUGAGCCGGCUGUGACGGGAUAAACAAACCCGUCCUGCUGCGCGCAACUACAUUCACGUUGGACCCGGAAAACAUCAACAAACCGCCAGAAUGGGUCACGUUUCGGUUCUGAUUCUGGCGACGCUGUUCUGUGUCGCGACGACGCAGUUUGUGCCACCGUACACGGAGGACUGCAGGGCAGAGAUGUAUCCGCCCAAAGGUCCCACGUAUAAAGGGUCGGUGCCCUGGUACACCCUGGACCUGGACCUGCCUCCCAGCAAGCGGUGGACCGGCCUGAUCUCCGACAAGAAGGCAGAACUGGGCCAGAUGAUUCAGGCCAUCAAAGACUUGGCCGACGCCUUUGUGCCCAGCGGGCUGCUAAUAGAGUUGGUGGACAUUUCGCUGCCUUUGAUCGUGGACACUCUCCCGCCGCCCUUUGGGGAGGAGAUGAAGGGGAUCGCAGCUGCCUCCGGGAUCCCCCUGGGCGAAGUCGCGCUGUUCAACAUCUUCUACGAAGUCUUUACCGUCUGCACCUCGGUGGUGGCUGAAGACCCGAAAGGAAACCUCAUUCACGGCCGAAACCUGGACUUUGGCUUGUUUCUGGGCUGGGACAUGAAGAACAAGUCGUGGAUCAUCAGCGAGAAGCUGAAGCCGCUCGUGGUCAACUUGGACUUCCAGAGAAACAACAAGACGGUUUUCAAAUCCACAAACUUCGCCGGCUACGUGGGAAUGCUGACGGGAAUUAAGCCUAAAGCCUUCACCCUGACGAUGAAUGAGCGCUUCAGUCUGGACGGAGGAUACAUCGGCAUCGUGGAGUGGAUCCUCGGGAAGCGAGACGGGAUGUGGAUGAGCUUCCUCACACGCUCCGUCUUGGAGAACGCGACAAGCUACGAGGAGGCAAAAACUCGACUGGCUCAGACCAAACUCCUGGCUCCGGCCUACUUCAUCCUGGGAGGGAACCAGAGCAGCCAGGGCUGCAUCAUCACCAGGUCCAGAGAGCUCAGUCUGGACGUGCUAGAGAUCGACACUAAACUGGGACGCUGGUACGUCCUGGAAACCAACUACGACCACUGGAAGGAGCCGCUGUUCCUGGACGACCGCAGGACGCCGGCCAUGAAGUGCAUGAACCAGACCACGCAGGCUAACAUCUCGGUGAAGACCCUGUACGACGUCCUCUCCACUAAACCCGUAUUAAACAAGCUGACCACCUACACCACGCUGAUGCAGGUGGCCGAGGGGCGACUGGAGUCCUACAUCCGGGACUGUCCCAACCCCUGCAUGCCCUGGUGACCCCAUCCUCAGUGGCUUUCCAGAUCGUCCCAGUUCGGCUAAACGUUCAUGUUUACCACCUCUGAAAAAUCCAGGAAAGUCUGAAUAGAAAUGUUUGUCUUCCACUUUGUUUAAAAAAAAAAAAACGAAAGAAAAACUGCUUCACAGAUGCACAAUUUUGAUUACUGUCGACCACUGUUUUUCCUAAUGUGUAAUUAAAAGUCUAAUUAAA